UUUCAGCAAAUUCGCCAGAGUUCCAAGGAUAGUACUGGCUCUUCCGAUACGGAUAGCUCGAGUGAUGAUGAGUCUAUUCCAAAUGUGGCGCCCAAUCCUCCAGUUGGCACUGAUCCAACAGCAGAAAAACCACAAAAGGAAACUGAAGCGGCCGCUGAACUUUCAGUGCUAGUUAAUUAUGUGGAACCGGUACAUUUCUAUACUUUCGAAAAUGCGGAAAAAAAAAAUCGGUGCUACGAGAUGUCUUCAUUUGAUGAAAAACAAGCUACAGCCCUGCUCAAAGAACGACCGAUUGAAUUUGUCAACUAUAAUAAACACCAGCUUUCCCGAGUUUAUCCGACCGGUACACGUUUCGAUAGUUCUAACUUUAUGCCACAGCUUUUCUGGAAUGCUGGCUGCCAGUUAGUUGCUCUCAACUAUCAAACUUUAGAUUUAGCUAUGCAAUUAAAUCUGGGCAUCUUCGAAUACAAUGAUCGAUCAGGGUAUUUGUUGAAGCCGGAGUUUAUGCGACGCACCGAUCGUCGAUUGGACCCUUUUGCGGAGAGCACGGUUGAUGGUAUCAUAGCAGGAACUGUGUCCAUAAUGGUGUUGUCUGGACAAUUUUUAACUGAUAAACGUGUGGGAACUUACGUUGAAGUGGAUAUGUUCGGGUUGCCAGCAGAUACUGUGAGAAAGCGAUUUCGGACGCGGAUCGUGCGAGAUAAUGGCCUCAAUCCAGUUUAUGGCGACGAGCCCUUUGUUUUCAAAAAGGUGUGGGCUGAAAUGAAGUCCAAAACUAAAAAGAAAGUAGCGCAAAACAAAGCUGAAUACAGAGCAACAGGUGGAGGACCGAACAGGCUACAAGCAUAUACAAAUUUUGAGGAGGCCAUAAUUGGCUUGCUUGAGCUUAACGCCUGUGUGAAUCCACCGGGAGCAGAAUUCGGCCUGGAUAUAACUGCUGAUGACCAACGCCUAGAUUCGGUAGAGGCGGCUCCAUUAGAUGAAAACCUGCAACCAAUAGACAAUUUAGGAUUGAGCGAUGAGGAGCACAAUUGUGCAGUUCCGGAAAAUACAGCACGGAAACCAAGA